AUUAUCAGAUAAUGCACAACAAUGUGCAUAUGCAUGUAAUAAGAAAACAAACGGACAAAAGAGGCAGGAAGGGAGAUGUAUUCAGUGUGCAUUCUUCUUGCGCUACUCUCACCAUCAUGUUCAGCAAGAAACCAAAACGUGAUUCUUCUGGUCCCCGAUUACAUCGAACCAGGAACGAACUUCAGUGUUGAAAUCCACAGCAAAGGCAAUCCAUGGACUAUUCCUUUAGUCGGAGAAAUAAAAACGGCAACAGGGGAAGUUGUUUCUUCAAAAAACAUAGACGUUUCCCCAGAAACAAUAACAACGCUAGAGUUGAAGGUCCCAUCAACUAUAACGCGAGAUAAGAUGUAUACCUUCGUCUGUAAACCAACCACUCAAAGAAUCAAAAUGGAAUCUCUUACACCUGCUCCCGAACUUGUAUACAGGGAUGAUGGAUAUUUUUACCUGAUACAAACAGACAAAUAUAUCUACACGGGAGGACAAACAGUUCGAUUUCGAGUUAUAGGAUUAAACCAACACCUAAUCCCCCUCUCUGUACCAUUAACAGUUACUGUGAAGGAUCCGAAAGGACAAAAGGUUGAACUCUGGAACAAGAUGCUGAUGACUGACGGUGUACUGAGUCAUAGUUUUGACCUGGGGGACGAAGUGUCCUUUGGAACUUGGUCAAUCACUGCAAGCGACGGGGUAAAUUCGACGACGGUAAAUCUGAAAGUCAUGGAUUAUUAUUCACCAACCUACGAAGUCGAAGUUGAAUUUCCACAACAAAACAAAUUUGUUGUCUUAACUGACGAUUUUGUUCACGUGAAAGUAACAGCCAGGUAUUUGUUUGGAAAAGAGGUCGAGGGUAACGUCUCCAUCAUUGGCACUCUGAAGUCAUGGGACAAGCCGCAGUACUAUGGACGAAGUCUUCCUGCAUACUCAUCAUCAUCUAAAAGGAUAAAAGGCUCUGCGACAUUUGACAUACCGAUGUCCGAAAUAAGAACAAUGGGGGAAGCUCUCAAUGCACCACUGUCCUCUGAUUCCCUCUACAUAGACGCAUAUGUAUCGGAGGAGGGUAUCACCAUGAAUGGCUCCAGUGCUGUAGUCCUCUAUGACAGCCCUAUAGAAAUACAGAUCACACCAGCGACCAAGUAUUUUCGACCAGGGAUGCCUUUUCAUACACAGAUACUGAUACGACAAUCCAACGGAGAUCCACUGCCAGCUUCCUUAUCAAAAGGAACACUUACAACAACUAUCAAUAGGAAGGGGAGUACAUCCAGCUCUACAUUUAUACCAGCACUGAACGGUUCCAAUACUUUUAGCAUCGUUAUACCAAGCGAUGCUACGAUUCUUAACGUAAAGGUCGAAUAUCAGAGAGUCAGCAAGGAUAUGGAUGUGACCUCAUUUGAUGGGUCUGAGGGAUACUACUUGGAAGUUCUUCCCUCAUCACAAGAAGUCAAAGUAGACGACUGGUUCAGUAUUACAAUUCUUUCGAACAAAGUACUGCCGGAUCUGAAAUAUAGGAUAGUAGUACGCCACGAGGUCUUUUACGACGGCAUCAUAGCCACCAACAGGAAUUCUUCAUUAACUACACAGUUCCACAUAACACCAGAUAUGUACCCAGAAGCAUACUUUGUUGUGUAUUACUUCCUACCGGACGGCGUAGCAGUUUCUGAUGGGAUUCAUGUGAAUAUCGGUAGCUCUGACAAUGAUGAGCUACACAUAAGCUUCGAGAAACCACAAGUUAGUCCAGGCAACAACAUCACUCUCACUGUAUCAGGCGUGCCUGGAACCACAGUCUGCCUCACGGCUGUUGAUAAAAGUGUCCUCGUAUUAGGCAAUGAAAAUGAAGUCACGGGACCCAGGUAUAAAAACCUGCUUUUGUCAAAAGGCGGUUCUGUCGGGAACACGUUUGACAGCACAGCCCUUCUGAAGAACACUGGAAUAUCUAUUUGGACACAAAAAGCAGAUAUAAACGAAUGCUUCACCUCACAACCAUGUCUAAAUGGAGGGACAUGCGUCGAUGAGAUACCAGGGUUCAAAUGUGAUUGCCCCCCGCUCUAUACUGGAAAACAUUGCGAAAUUAAACACGAUUAUGUUUCACUUAUCCUACAGCCUCAGUCCAUUAGGAGAAUUCCUCUUAUAACUGGUGGUAGCUUCAACAUCCAUGCAGGCCUAGCGUCGUUUUACGGGUUCACAAAUAUGCCAAAGACAAGGAUGCGAUCAAACUUUCCAGAGAUUCUCCUCUGGAAAAGGAUUACGAUUGGUCGGAUGGGUAAAGCUGAAGUCCCAGUGCACCUUGGGGACACACUGACUACAUGGGUGGCUAGUGCCUUUGGAUUAAGCUCGCAGUAUGGACUAAGCAUCUCAUCAGAACAUGCUCAGGUGCAAACGUUUCUGAAUUUCUUCGUGACACUCACUGUUCCGGAUCACAUCGUGUUUGGGGAACAGAUUCUGUUACAGCCUCAGGUGUUUAACUACAUGGACAAUGAUGUACCUAUUUCUCUGGUGGUUAAAAACUCUGAGAAUCAAAAUGAAGUGUACAGAGGUGGAAAGAUUCCACAUGGAGGAAGUUUAUCGUUCAUUGUCCCAGUCACAGUCAGCAGUCUCGGCACCGUGAAGGUCACUGUUACAGCUUAUGGCUUUUUAAAUGGCGUUUCAGACGCAGUUGAAAAGGAGAUUGUUGUCAAGCCCCAGGGUGCUCCACAACACUACAACCUACCAGUUGUCCUAGAUCUCAACUCCGCACAUUCUGUGGUCGACACACUGGACAUUGCGCUCCCUCCAUCAGUUAUUCAAGAAUCUGUCAUUAUCAAGGCAAAGCUCACAGGAGACAUAAUGGCACCGAGUAUCAAGGGUUUGAGCAAACUGUUGACGUUACCAACGGGGUGCGGUGAACAAACGAUGAUAGGACUUUCUCCUGACAUCUACAUAUUGAAAUAUCUCAACAGCACUGGUCAAAUGACUUCAUCUAACCAGCAGAAACUGUCUAGCUAUAUAAAACAGGGGUAUCAACACGAGUUGCAAUAUCAACUGAGAGAUGAUUCCUUCUCAACUUUUGACACUGAUAGUAUAGGGAGCACUUGGCUAACAUCAUUUGUUGUUAAGUCAUUCAUGGAAGCUUCGGAUAUGGUUUAUAUAAGUGAAGAUGUGAUUGUCAAAGCAGUCGACUGGAUCUUAGCACAACAAAACUCUGAUGGAUCAUUUCCUGAGAAACAUGCCCUUUACCAUAAAGACAUGCAAGGAGGAGUCAAAUCAGCAGUGGCCCUUGCUGCGUACGUGUCCAUAACAUUGGGAUCUGUCAAGAAUCUGGAACACAAAACGCAACGUUCAAUCAGUGAUGCCCAAAGAAAAGUUCUGCAUUACCUGUCAAGUCAACUGAACGCUCUUGAUGAGAACAACGCCCAUGCCUUGGCAAUAUCGGCAUAUGCUUUAACCCUUGCUCAGAGCUCACUCGGUGACAUCGCUAUGAAUAAACUACAAGCUAUAAGCCAUCCAGAAGGAGAUGUCAAGUUUUGGACGGCAACGAAAACAACCAGUUUCCCGAAACGCCAACCCUGGAGUAGACAAAAGAGGUUCUCCAGCCCCAUCGAUAUUGAGACAACAGCUUACGUUCUUCUGUCGCAUGUUGUGAGAGGCGAACUCGGGGAGGGGCUCAAGGUCAUGAAAUGGAUCGUCCGCCAGAGGAACCCUAAUGGAGGGUUCACAUCGACACAGGACACUGUCAUAGCUUUAGAAGCUCUCUCCAGCUUCCAUACAUCCCUUCAUAAAUCAACACAGCAAACGUCGCCAGGUAUUACCAACAUAGCAGCGACUGUCACGGCUGGUGUAGUAACAAAACAUAUCACAAUGGACAACACAAACAAGGACGUCCUUCAUGAACUCCUGCUUCCAGGGGACAGUAAGACGGUCAGUGUCAGUGCAACAGGGUCAGGACUAGGCGUAAUAGAGGUCGGGGUGUUCUACAAUGUCAACGUGACUACUGAUGACGCGGCCUUCGACCUUACAGCUUCCAUAACAAAACAAAGUGUCAAUGCUAUCAACGUGAGGAUUUGUACAAGAUGGUUGUUGGCUGGGUCAAGCGGAAUGGCAGUGGUACAAGCUGGUAUCCCCACAGGAUUUCAGCCUGAUCUGGAGAUGAUCACCAAUUUACCUAGCCUUAAACGAAAGGAAUACAGCAGUGGAAACGUUGAUCUAUACUUUGAAGGGAUCGGGUCAAGUCAGGUUUGUGUGGACAUCAGGGCUGGCCGAGUUGGGAUGACGCUCAAAACACAGAAGUCGUUGGUUGUUGUCUUUGAUUAUUACAAUCCAGCCAAUCAGAAAUCUGUCUUCUAUAUAUCCCCUGAACUUGCAAAUGCCAAACUGUGUGAUGUGUGCACAGACUGCGACGGAUGUGGCAAUCUGAUAGUUGGAUAACUGCGACGCACACCUGGAACACGACCGUCCAUCGACUUACGAUAACCUUCGUUAAUGUUUACUUUGUUCAUAAUUGAAUAAAUAGGUGCAACGUUAA